AUGGUGACCCCCAAACGUCUAACUAAGGAAGAACGAGAGCGCAGACUCGAAAAACGUAAAGAGAAUGAACAAAACAUAAAAGAUCUCAAGUUCGCCGUUGGUGGUUUCUUUGUAAUCAUCAUCAUUCUCAUCCACUACGUCUUCGUCAUGAGACAGCUUUUAAUCAAGCCUGACAUGUCCUACUCAUUAAUGGGCGUCCACUUUGGCUUGCUUGCUUUGACGACUGUUGUAUGUGUGUGGCUUUUCAUCAAGUUCGUUUACAAGAAGGUUUACGCCGAGGAGAUUAAGGAGCUCAACCAGAAAAAAGAACAAUAA